CCCGUUUUACGUGAUAGCACCGCGAUAGUCCCAUUCUGCGCUGGAGGCUGGAGCCUCCAUGGAGGCAUGGAGGCUGCGCAGCUCGAGAUCCUGCUUCUUUUACAUGCUUAUCAUAAUCGAAGGCUCCUAUCAUACACAUACCCAAUACUACGUACUUGCUAGCUACUACACAAGUUUUGUGUAGUCGCUAGCUAGAUACACUUGUGGCCAACUCCUUCUCAGAUACCCACCAUGGAGAGCAGAGAGAUCGAUGAAGGUGCUGAGGGCUCGGAGGCGCCAGACAGAGGCUUUAGUGGCCUCGGCAACGCCGAGCCACCGAUUGAGGUCGGAUCCGUAGCCAACCCGGAAGCUGGUACCAGCACGAAAUCAUCAGGCCCAGAAAUCACCGGCAGCUACCCAGCCUCUUCAGUUCAGGGAUUCUCUACUGGCCAAGAUGGCCUUGUAGCCGCCCCAGUGGACACGCACGAGAGUGCGGGAAGGGCAGAGGAGAAUGCUGAAGCUGGAAGCGAAGCGAUCGACAGCGAGAACGAGAUCGAGGCUGAAACCAAGACAAGCGUCCAAGAUGAGGGCCAGAACAGCUCCUUAGAUCCGCUGCCUCCUGAACCGACUGUUCCUUCCGCCACCGAGGAGGGUGGAGAUCAAGUCAGCAAGGACAAAGCUGGCAGCCGAGGACGCUCUGGAGGGAAUGUGUACAAUAUUGCUAACAUCAACCCGGAGGAGACUUUGGCGAGGCGCAAGACCGCUGCUGCUUCAGCUCUCGGGUCGUCUCCAUCCACGACAGGGGCGGCCGGUGCUCCUACCACUACGGAGGGAAGGCGGUCGAAGCAAAGUGAGUCUGAGGAGGACCCUAAUCCUCCUUCGGUUCCAUUCUGGAGAGACAAGUCUUCUCAGAGAACGACAGCCCCCAAUGCUUCUCGCAGCGGCGGUGCGGACCCGCUGCCACCUCCGAGGCUCCUUCCGUUGUCGAUGAUGAGCUCUCAGAACUACCAGCUCUUCUAUGGGACCGCGUCGUCACAAAAUGAUCCCUCACCACCACAGCAAGCCCAAAGAACUGGAGACAAUACGAGAGUUGAAAGCACAGAAGAAGACCCCAACGAAGACCCCAACAUUGGUAUGGUUGUGGAAACCAGACCGGUCGGGUCACUUUGGAAAGAGAUUCUUGCCUGUUUGCAGACUCGCAGAGGCUUGUUGAUCCUUCUUGUCGGGAUCAUACUGAUUGUUGUUGUUGCCUUCUCGCUGGGAUUUGGACUUUCUGCAAGAAGAUGUGAGAGCAAUGAAAGGGAGGGACCCAUUAUUUUGGACGAACCCAGUCAAUCACCAUCUCCGGCCGUACUAUUGGACCAGCCGUACGGAACUACCCGUCGAUAGUAUGAGUAAAACACCCUUGGAUCCGUCGUCUCCACAAUGCAUGGCUAUGGAACGGCUGUUUGAGUGCCCCCCAGAUGAAUUUCUUGCCGAUAGAACGGCAACUACAACGGUAUGCUAUGGCCGAUCUCUUCCAUUCGACGGGAGGAGAAACUUUGUGGAUCAAUUCCACAUCCUGGUUAUGGUCAUCCUACAUCACCACGGAGUAGACUGGCACUACUACUACAACAGCUGCCGGCAAUGAGGAGAGCCUGUGCUCCAAGGACAAUCAAUUCAUCCAUCUAGUGCUAGCACUGCUUGCGGGAAAUGGUCUGAAUGGCACACUACCUCCUGCCUGGAACGUUUUCUUAUGGUCAUGCAAUGGACGUCUGCCCGUCCUAUCCAUUGUAUAGCUCAGUUUCCUGCUUUCAUAUCAAUCCAACAGAAGUUACCCUGUUGACGGGGCUUCAAACCAGUGGAUUAAUCACUUGUCUGGGAACCCUGGUCUAACAGCCAGCCAUUGACCAACGCCAGUAUUGCGCUGGAUCUGAGCUUUGACAAACCUAACGCGAAGGCAAUGCCAACUAGAAGGUGACCUUGCGGUCGAAUGGAGAGAGUUGUCGCGCCUGCAGUACUUGGAUCUUGGCGGCAACAACCAGUUGAACGGAACGCUACCGAAGGAGCUCGCGUCUCACUUCCAUGGAGAACACGAAUGUCUCUCACAAUGAGGUUUUGGGUCGACAACCUCUCGGAAUGAUUGGUCAAAUUCAACAAUUCACAGUGCUGGAUUGGGUCUAGAUGAUGAGGAAGAAGUUUCUCUUGGUUCAGAUGGUAGAGCACCAUGAGUUUCUGGUUGAGCUCUUGAAGCCCACUAGAGUCUGAUCACAGCGAUUGCG